AAAAACUGUUAAGUUUUACUUUCGCAUUUGAGUUUCAUAACAGUUGCGUUAUACUAGAUCCUGGAGACACUGAGUGUGUUGUGUAAAUUUAUAGUAAUUAUUUUUAUUGUGUUACAAAAGGUUACCAUGGCAGCAAAGAAUCCCGUUGAUACUGAAGUGUCUUCUAUAGGAGAAACUGCUUCAAAAUCCAGUGGUGAAAUUAAAGAUGUUAAUGAGAAAACAAAGAAACAAAUGAGGUGUGGCAGAGCUCACGAAAAUAACAAUCCUAUGCUGGCGAGUGGUGGCGCAAACAGACCAAACAUGGUGUAUGACCGUAACAAGAACAACAGAAACCAUGUGGGAGGUGAGAUGACGGAAAAGUGUGUGGGUCACAAUAAUGGCGGUGAUAGACCCAGGUCAGGCAAACACAGAAACCGAGGCCAACAUGGAAUCAACAGUCAAGGUCCCAGCCAGACUCAAGACAGACGAAAUGAGAACAGAGGACACGGAAGACGUGAUAUGUUUGAGCCGUACUGGCCACGAGAUAAACUUUCCGAUGGAUUGAAGAGAGGCGAGCUAAUCCAGGGAGUUAUUCGAGUGAACCCCAAGAACUUUGAAGAUUCCUAUGUUCCUUUACCAGAUGGCAGUGCUGACAUCUACAUUCCGGGAAUGAGGAGGCGAAAUCGAGCUCUCAAUGGUGAUGUGGUAGCUGUUCAACUUUUAGACCGAAAUGAAUGGAGGGUCUACAUGAAUGACCUGGAGAACUUUGAGAGAUCUCAGGCAGGUGCAGUGAGUGUGGUUGCCCAUAACGAUGCAGACAGUGACGACUCUGGACCAGAUGUUAUUAUAGAGGAAGAGGAAGUAGUGGACAGUGUAGGGUUACCUACAGCUGCACCUGAUGAUGAUAGAACACAUGGACAGACAUCAGUCUCAGCUACUGUUGAAUGUGUUACUGACACUUUGUCAGGUCAUGUCAAAUCUUGUGAUAUACAAGAUAAUAAGCCUGCUAGUGCAAAGGUUACAAAUGUAGCAAGUAAAGCACAUACUCCCAAAACAGACAAGAAAGUUAACUAUACUUCAGUAAAGGACAUUUUGCAAGAUGGCAGCCCUGUGAUGAAGAAAUUGUUUUCUGGUGAAAGUAAGAGUGCUCGCCAAUCUAUCGCUCAAGACAAGUUUCUUCAAAAGACUGGAAAGGUUGUUGCAGUUAUCGAGAGAAUACACUCACGAGCAUGUGGAGGUUAUAUCAAACCCAUGCGAGACAAGAACCCCAACUGGGCUCUCUUCUCUCCGACAGACAGUCGCCUGCCACGAUUACAAAUCCCAGUGGUGGAAUGCCCCCAAGAUUUCUUGACACGACCCAAUGACCAUGCCAACACACUGUUCAUUGCCAGGAUUUCUGACUGGAAGGAAAAUUCAGCUUAUGCUAAUGGACAUCUGUCUCGUAGUCUGGGAGAGGCGGGACAAAUUGAGCCGGAGACCGAAGCUCUCCUGAUUGAAAAUGAUGUUGACUACAGUGAAUUUUCUGACAAGGUUUUGGCUUGUCUUCCAAGUGAAACUCCCUGGGUAAUUCCACAAGAAGAGUAUCAAACACGCAGGGAUUUUCGACAGAAGUGUGUGUUUACAAUCGACCCUUCAACAGCCCGAGACUUGGAUGAUGCUGUUUCCUGUGAAAAUAUGGGCGAUGGAACAUAUGAGGUUGGAGUUCAUAUCGCAGAUGUGAGUUUCUUCCUGCACGAGGACACCCCACUGGACAGCACGGCAGCUAAGCGGGCUAACAGUGUUUAUCUGGUGCAGAAAGUUAUACCCAUGUUGCCACGGUUACUGUGUGAAAAGUUAUGCAGUUUGAAUCCUGACGAAGAUCGACUUACGUUCUCUGUAGUGUGGAAGAUGAAUAAACAAGGGGAGGUUCUUGACGAAUGGUUUGGACGCACUGUCAUACGAUCAUGUGUGAAGCUAAGCUAUGAACAUGCACAGGGUUUUAUUGAGGAACCUGAUAAAGAAUGGAUGGCUGAGGAACUUCCACCAAUAUCAACAGGUUUCACAGUGACGGACAUCACCUCUCGAGUUUUACACCUACAGGAGAUGGCCAAGUGUCUGCGUAAAGCUCGUUUUGAUGGUGGAGCAUUGCGACUCGACCAAGUGAAGAUACAGUACACACUUGAUAAGGACACCGGACUGCCCAAUGGAUAUUUUGUUUAUCAGCAAAGGGACAGUAACAAAUUGAUAGAGGAGUUCAUGCUAUUGGCCAAUAUGGCCGUAGCUCACAGGAUCUACAAAUUCUGUCCUGAGAAAGCACUGCUACGUCGACACCCAGCGCCACAGGAAAAAGCUCUUGAUAAUUUGAUGCAGCUAGCACAGGAGCUGGGGGUCCCACUGGACUGCAGAGAUAGUGGAUCCUUACAUGCAUCUCUGUUGAAGUAUUGUGGUGAGGACGAGUAUUCGGUUGCUAGGAUGCAAGUUCUUGUAGCAAUGUGUUCCAAACCUAUGCAGAAUGCUCGGUAUUUCUGUACGGGGCUGAUCGAUGAUGAGGAGGUGUAUCGUCACUACGCUCUCAAUGUUCCGCUGUACACGCACUUCACCUCUCCCAUCAGACGUUAUCCUGACAUCAUGGUGCACAGACUGCUGGCCGCAUCGCUUGACUACUGUGAUAUUCCAAAAGCUUCAAAGAAAGAGAUCCAGAUUGAGGCAGAGAACUGCAAUGAGAGAAAGGUUGCAGCCAAACGGGUGUCUGAUCUCAGUUCAGAACUCUUCUUUGCUGUCUUCGUAAAGGAGGCUGGUCCAUUUGAAGAGAAAGCAAUGGUAAUGGGAGUUCUGGACAAGUCCUUUGAUAUAUUUAUCCUUAAGUUUGGAGUUCAGAAGAGAGUCUAUUGUGAGAAAUUGAAUCUUAAGAGUUUUGAAUUCUGCAAGGAUCAUAAGCAGCCAGUUCUAACAUUAGUGUGGCCCAGUGACGACCACCACCCGUCGGAAGAGACACAGCAUAUCGCAGUGUUCACAAUUGUUAACGCACAGCUUGCCACAGAUGUCGGACCCUUGAAGUGGAAGGCACUAAUAAGUAGGCUGUGAUUGUGGAGUACCAUCUUGAAACAUGAGAACCUGAUGUCCUACAUCAGUCUACAGACAGUUGUAAACAAACGGAGGUGUUUCUCCGAGUGUGUCAACAGUUUUCAUUAAUUGAGUUUGAGAGCAGUGGGAAAUUCUCAAAUUUGAAGUAAAAAAACCUAUAUGUAUUGUGUUAUCUGAAUGUUUUACACUUGUCAGUUUUAUUAUUUUUAAUUCAUAGAAUUAUUUGAUGAAAUAUUUACCUGUUUUUUUUCUAUGUACGCAUGUUGAAUGUCAUGAAAAUAACCUGAGAAAAUAGAAGAAUUUUUAGGAUGAUGUUUGAGAACAAAUUAAAGCAGUAUUUUGAAUUUUGGGUGAAAUUAAAAACAUGACCUCCUGCAGGGAUUUAAAUCUCAUUAAUUUAGGCACCACUGUCCGGUGUUUUGUCAGUUCAUAACACAGCAAGAUCUUUUUAACACAGUAAUAUUAUUAACAGCUGCAGAAGAGUUGUAGAUAUAUUUAAAAAUGCAAUUCAAGUUAUUUAAAUCUUAUUAGAGAUUAACAUUUCAGUGGUUAAUGUUUUGUACUUAAUUUGGGCUUGAUUAUUUUGGGCAUACCUAUUUUGGGGACACCGUUUAUCACCAUGACUCUGGUACAAUGUAAAUCCUGCCAUGUUAUAUUUGAGUACCAGCCUCGGUGAUGUCAUGGUCAAGCCAUGAGACACAAGGCCGGUUAACAGCCAAGUACAGGCUCCCUACCCAGAGUGAGUUUUAAUGACUCAGCGGGUAGGUGUAAGGCCACUACACCAACUUCUCUCUCACUAACCAUUGAAAACUAACCACUAACUCACUAUCCUGGACAGACAGCCCAGAUAACUGAAGUUUGUGCCCAGAACAGUGUGCUUGAACCUUAAUUGGAUAUAGGCACGAAAAUAAGUAUUUUAAUUACAGAGUAUUAUAGUGCCAUUAUUUCAAAUGUUUAAAGUUAUACUACGCAGGUAUUUCACGGUUACAAUUUGUUAAAGACCAUUUAGACCGAUAUAUUAUUGACAUGACGUGUUGGUUUGUUUGAAUAAUGUGCAAAAUAAUUAUUAUUGCACUACUUAAAGGGGACUAUCCCAAGUUUUUAGCUAUUUUAAAAGGUUUUAAAAAUAUUUUUGAAUUUAAUUGAUUAAAAUUACACUUUA